UUCCGUCACGCGAGCGAACGCAUAAAUGUUACAUCAGGCACAUAAGAUACGACAUAUUGCUUUAAUCGGGCUACAUGAAAGGCUGAUCCUGCGUCGACUCUGCGCUUUGUGAGGUACCCGACGUAAGAAAUGUUCGUGGAGCAUCCGCGGGCAGGCAAGCUUCUACUUCGGCGCGCCUGCUGCAUAGCCAGUCCGUAGGAAAGGCCAAGCAAGAUCACGACCCCAUGCGGGCGCCAGGGCAAUGGUGUUCAUGGGGCGUUGGGGAGCACGCGCACGCGUGGCCCGCCCCGCACGACAUUCUUUAACAGGGAAGGUGCCCGUUCAGCGCGCGCGCGCGCCCCGCACAGUAUCAUCAAGCAGUGAGAUCAAGAGCGAGGCGGGAGGGCAGGGGGCGACGAUCGCUGUUGGGAACGAAGAGGAGCCCCACCCGCCGCCAGCCCGUAGCAGCGGCGCGCGCCCCAAGGAGCGGCGGCGCGGCGCGGGACCACCCUCGUGGCGCGCCUCCACGCCGCCCGAGAAGCUCCAAAACCUGGCGCAGGAAGACAGAGGGUCCGCGGCUCCAGUGGUGAUCUUCGGCGAUGCUGCACUUUCUUGCAACGCCAUCGGUUUUCCUGACCGCGUGCGCAUGCACCUACCCUUUCCGGGCCGACUCUGGGCCCACAAUCGGUGCACACGACCUCCCGACGUGGCUAGGGAGGCAGAAGAUCCGAUCCCGGGCCCAGGAUGGGCCUGGCCCCGAUCGGUGUACAUGUUGGUUCUCUUCGCCCGACCUGGUCCGUGGCGCCUCUCAGCGCCACCGAGACGGGUAUAAAACGCCCAGUCGGCCCCAGAAAAUUGCCGCUCCUAAGCGGCAAGGGUCCGUGGGAACAGUGGAGAGAGCCAGCCGGGCACGUGGCAGCCCUGCCAACCUGAAAAGCGGGGCCACCACGCGACUAAGCCCUAACACUUCAAACAAUCAGCCGAAUGCCUGGCCAGGGAGCAUCCGCGAGGACUGGAGCCAGCCAGCGAGGGCAACGGCGCAAGGGGGAUGAGAAGGAGGAGGAUGCGGACUGAUCGAACAAGGACAAGAGAUGCCCAUCAAUAAAAACUUGCCGCCCCGAAAACUCGCGGGGCUACGAUGUCAGCAAGACUCCCAAUCCAGCACCGUCCGUCGGAGGAUCCCCGUGAAUCCGCCUCCGUGACCGCGAAUCCGCCAUCGCAACAGGUACCUGUCUGCCCAAACC